CCUACCUUGUCAGGCUGUUCAUUUUGUGCAACUGAUCAGCGCAUAUAUGACAAAAGGUCUCUCAUUGGACAUGCUGUGAGCUCGACUAUCCCUUCAAUGAACGGUGCUACAAUCCCCAUGAAGGUUGCGUCUAUUGCUGAUGGGCGGCGUGCUCGGAUCGCUACGGCGGAAACAAAGCCGAACCAGGGAGCCCCCCCUCUUUUGUUUCAUCAUGACACUGAAGUCUCAGAUGUCCGAUUCACUUCUCAUUGAUCAGCCUGACACAUCUCACCAAUCCACAGAGAUCAUAUUCAAUCCAACUCAUAGUCGAUGGCAUCGGCUGUCAUCUCAUCGUUUUGUCGUCAGCGCACAUGAAGCCGGAGUCGACAGCCCAAGCUUCCGAUGUGCUCGACCGUCCUGCAAGAGUGCUCCGUCACCAUCUUGCAUCCUUUCCAUAGCCAUGAGCCACCCAUUCAGCUCUACCUCCCCACCGAAGCGACCUCUGAGGAUGGUCUGAACCGUCUGAGAGCAGUCCAAGGGGACGGAUGGACCGUGGACAGCUUUGAUUCAGAAGACAACUCUGCAUGGACGGGUAGAAGAAGUGCCAGUGACUGGAGAUUGCUGAGGCUGCCCGAUGAUACUUCAUAUGGGAAAGAGGGGAGCCAUAGAUCUGGGACUCUGAGAUACCUAGAUGCGGCGGAUCUGCUCAGUCCGGGUGGCCGCUACCUUGUCGUUCCGCCUGAUUGGCCAGUGGUCAAUCUCGCAAUCGGUGCCAAAGGUAUCAUACCAAUCCCGGUGUCCUCACGGCAGACUCUCAAAUCGCUUGCGGCUCACCUGGCAAUUCAGCUCUGCCUGCCAUCUGAAUCCGUUCUCAGUUUAGAAAGUCGGGCUACGGACCUCGAUCGUGAGAGAGCCGCUUACCGAGAAGGGUUGCAUGCUACAAGGACACUCGACCAAGAUCUGCCACUCAGUGAUCUUCCUAUCCAUCAUGAUUCAGAUUUGGUCUUGGAGCUAAGACUCGAGGAAGUCGGCGGAGGGAGAAUAGAUCUUGCAGCCGCUGCAUCUGAUCACAGCAAUCCGGAACUGUCCACGGAUCUGGACGCGGUUUCCCAUGAACCACUUGGGGAUUCCUCACCGCACUCAGAUACAUCCCGACCGGCCCUACCCAAGGGAAAGUCAAAACAGCGCUCCAGAUUACCCAACCAGCCGCCUAUCUUGCAGCCCUCCCACAGCCCUUCAUCGUCCAUAUCUCUAGCCAACGUCAACGCGUCUGCUUCUAUGUCCCUCAAUCCGUCUACGUGCCUCAUGGGAGUGAACCCGAUAAAUGGUUUGUUAGAGGAAUCACCUGAAAGGUCUGCCGUGCUGCCGGACGAUGGCUCUCGGACCACGGUCGGGACAAGCAAGCCUCUUCUCCCUUCGUCUUCGUCCUCUUCGUCCUCUUCGUUCUUCUCCUUAUCCAGUGGAACAUCCCUCGGUCUUGCAAACUACCUACCUCAGCUAGCGAGUGGUACACCAGCUACCGCAGGACCUUCGACUUCCGGAUCAGGGUGGAUGGAGAGGCUAGGCCUCGGUACAAUCACCGCGUGGCAGAGCGCGGAAGACGCACCUGGAGAGGAUAAGCAAGCUGCAGACAUAUCUUUCCCUUCCACUCUCAGAGGGACGAACAAAGCAUCCGUUCGAGGCUCAACGAGCGGCAGUCUUUGGGCCUGGUGGAAUGGUGAUGCCCAGCUAGAUGAUCAGUCCGUGGCGUCGCACAUAGAGAGGCUUCAGAAGCAUCACGGGGCUUCUUUAGCACAAGAUUUGACAUCGCUCCGGAUCACGUUGUCAACGACCAGAAUUCAUUUUCUCCUGGAUUUUGUAGACAGCUCAGGUGUUGACCGCUUAAGCUCUAUCCUCGAGAGCAGCCUCAAGCUAAAGGACAAUGACUCGCAGGCCCAAAGACUGAUCAUCAAAGACGUCCUGAAGUGUCUGAAGGUCAUCAUGAAUACCGAAGUGAGUCCGCUGUUGCUGAUAGGAGGCCCCUGACCCCUUAAGGCCGGCUUCACGAGCGCCACAGAGCAUCCAACCUUACUCCAAGUUCUGACAAAGGUUCUAUUGCACCCGCAUCUCAAGCUUCGGAGUCUGGCUGCAGAGACACUAUCCGGUAUUUGCGUGCUCUCUCCUCCUCUGGGAGAAUUGAUCAUA